CCCCCUUGGCAAGCAACUAGCAGUAGCGUGCCGUAGAAGGUCGUCUUCCCGUGCCCAAUAACCUUAAGUUAGUGCCGGGAGAUGGAUGCUCCAUCGCUUUCCAGCUGGACUCCCAUCUUUGAUGGAAGCUCCCAUCCAGGCCAAAAGGGAGAGCCGAGACAGCUGAGUUGCCGCUCUUGCGUGUUCUGUUAUAAUCACCCAGCAACUCGACAAUCCAACGAGCGACAUCAACGAGUCAAAUAACCCGCGGACAGCACAGAAUGGAGACAGAAAAGAACCGCCGCCAAUCGGCCGACAUGAACGUCACGGCGGCUGACGUCGACCUGGUAGAAGGCGAGUCUACCAGCAGCAGCGGCGCGCAGGGUUGGGACCCGUUAGUCGAGAAGGCCCUCGUGCGCAAGAUCGACGUGCGCAUCUUCCCCAUCAUGAUCAUCCUCUUCAUCCUCAACUUCAUCGACCGCAACAACUUCGCCAACGCGCGCCUGCGCGGCCUCGAGGAGGACCUCGGCCUGACCGACGUGCAGUACCAGACGUGCAUCUCCAUCCUGCUGGUCGGCUAUGUCUCCAUGCAGGUGCCGUCCAACCUGAUCCUCAACGCCGUCACCCGCCCUAGCUGGUACCUCUGCGCCUGUGUCGCCGUCUGGGGCGUCAUAUCGGCGGCCACAGGCGCCGUCCACAACGCUGUCGGCGCCAUCCUCUGCCGCUUCUUCCUCGGCUGCGUCGAGGCCAGCCUGUUCCCGGGCAGCCUGUACUUCCUGUCGCGCUGGUACACGCGCAAGGAGAUGCAGCUGCGCGUCACCAUUCUCAACGCCGGCAACCUGGCCGCCCAGGCCUUUGGCGGCCUCAUCGCCGCGGGGAUCCUGGGGGACAUGCAGGGCGUGCGCGGGCUCGCCGCCUGGAGGUGGCUGUUCAUCAUCGAGGGUGCCAUCACCGUCGCCAUCGCUGGCAUGGCCGUCUUCGUGCUGCCCGACUACCCGGCCACGACGCGCUGGCUGUCGGGGGAGGAGAAACGGAUUGCGCAAUCCAGGCUGGCGAUUGAUGCGGGCGUGGCGGGCGGUGAUGCCGUCGAGGAAAACAUCACCGCCAUGCAGGGGCUGCUCAUGGCGGUCAAGGAUGUCAAGGUGUGGUUGCUGGGACUCACCUACCACGCGACUAUCAUGGGAUUGAGUUUCUCCUUUUUCUUCCCGACCAUCACGCAGGCCCUCAACUAUGACAGGACAACCACGCUCCUGCUCACCGCACCUCCCUGGAUUUGGGCCAUUCUCGUAUCGCUCCCAAAUGCCUGGCACGCAGACCGCACAGGAGAGCGCUUCUUCCACUACCUGGGCCCCGCCGUCAUUUGCAUCGUGGGAUACAUCAUCUCCGCGACGACCACGACUGUGGCCCCGCGGUAUAUCUCUAUGUUCAUGAUGACAACCGGCUACGCCUCAGGCUUCGUCAUGCUCGCCUGGAUCUCCAACACAAUCCCCCGCCCGGCCGCCAAGAAGGCGGCUGCCAUCGCUAUCGUCAACGCCAUGGGCAACAUCGGCAGCAUCCCGGGCUCGUAUAUCUGGCCCGCCAAGUACGGCCCGCUGUACGUCAAGUCGUUUGGCGCCCAGAUCGCCAUCCUCGGCUUCGCGUGCGUGUGCGCACUCGUGCUGCGGUUCUACCUCGCCGCGCAGAACAGGAAGUUGGAUAGGGAGGAGGGAUUCUCGGUGGUUGGCGGGGAGGAUGGCGAAAAGAAGGGUGAUGCGCCGAGGGUGGGGAGGGGGUUUAGGUAUCUUUACUAAUGCGGCGGUGGGUGUUGGGCGGUUGGUCGUCGUGAAAGGUUGCUCGCCGUGGAAGGUUGGCUGUUGUUUUCGUCGGGUUGACGAGUUGGGAUUGAAUGUUGGAAGAUUGUCAACGGAACCCAAUCCAGUUUAAUUUCUAAUGACCUUUCUAGGAGUAGCCUACAGAUGAUGAGUCUAAUAUCGUGUAUCCUAGUUGAACAAUGCUCAAAGUGCUAUGAGGCAAGUUGAUGAUCAUCAA